GGCCAGCCGAAACUUCCUUCCUUGCACGGGCGAACGUUGUCAGGACAAGUCUGCAGAAAAACGAAAAACAACAGGAUGUCGAGUCAGUCUCCAUUCAUCAAACGGUUAGCAGCAAAUGACAGAAAGACUCGUGACAGCGCUCUCGAGUCUCUGCAGCGUUUUCUGUCACAAAAAAAACCCUUUACCAAAAUGGAUUUUCUAAAAUUGUGGAAGGGCCUGUUUUACUGCAUGUGGAUGGCCGACAAGCCUCGUUACCAGCAGCAAUUGGCACAGGAAUUGGCAGACCUGACUCCAUUCUUACGUCCAGAGAACCGUCUUUUGUUUUUGCAAACUUUUUGGGAAACAAUGGGUCGUGAAUGGGUUGGUUUGGAUGCUUUGAGAAUCGACAAAUUCUAUUCUUUAAUGCGUCGUUUCGCAAACGCCGGAUUCAAGAACGUCAAGGUGGAAGGCGAACAAAAGGGACUGGAUGAAGCUCUCGCUGAAUAUAAUCAAAUGCUCAUAGAGGGGCCAUUCGAUUCCGAAAACUUGUCAUAUCCUGCUGGUGUUAUCUACCAUCUUUGCGAUUUGUGGACGGAUGAAUUGAAAAAGGUCUAUGAAGAUGAUGUUCCUAAGGCCGAAUGGUACAAGCCUUUCGAUCACAUCCUUGAGACCUCAAAACGCACUCCAUUUAAAAACACAAUCAUCAAACGGCUUGAGCGUCUCAGUUGGGAUGAAUAAAAUUACGGGGUUAUAGGGUAUGCGACGAAGGAGAUAUGAGAGUGAAGGGCUAUUCAAAUGUGUUCGGGUAAUCUUAAGGCAUCUGCACCUCUCAAGUAUUAUUAUUAGAAGCUCAAUUUGCAGCACUGGUGCUUUUUUAAAGGAGUCUACUAAGAGGAAGGCUCGAAUCAGCUGCCUUCACUCAUCCAUUUCGUUCGUUUCGUUUCAACAAGUAACUAAAAGGCUAAGCGAGUGUGAUCUAAAAGGACCAACUCAUGAAGCGAGAGGUGGUAUCCAUAAUAUAUUUUUUGACAGGUUCAUGUAAUAACUAUGGAAUAUAAAAAUCAUUCAUGCCAAUGCACUGACCAAGUUAAUCAUGUUUCCAUGUGUCGCUUCUCACAAACGAAUUUGGAUAGCGAAAUUACUGUAGGGAAGCCUCCUUUAAUAGCAUCUAUGACAAAGGAACUCCCAAUACAAGUCUCUUUCAUCUCUUCGUUAAUUUCUUUGUUUAGUU